AUGGAGCCUGCGGCUGGCACUUUUCAUACGGUAGUAGCAGAGACUGAAAAAUCAACGACAGCAGCUGGCAUCAUCACCAGUGAUGAAGGCAGGGAAAUAGCCGAUCCUUUGAAAAGUACGAUAGCAAAAGAGGGAUCGAAGCAUUCGGUUGCCACAGUUGCCGUCUUUCAAACUGCUCGGGCAUCCGCUGGGGUAACUGCAGGCACUGCUGCUCCAGAACUGCCGACUAGUGCUAAAGAAGUGGGAGUGCUGCAUACUGAUAACGGUAUAUCCUUGGCCGCUGAGAAAAGGAAACCAUUUGUCGAGGUAGCACCAGCCAUCAGUCCGGAUUUAGUAGCACUAGCGGAUUCGUUCGAGGAACUCGAUUCAACAGCUCAACUUCGCGAUGUAACUGCCCUUCAGCGGCCAAUCGCACACAAAGCGAAAGGCAGCAGGUCGUUGGUGAAAAAUUUAUCGAGAAUCAGCUUGGCCGAUGAUUUCAAAACGAAAUUAACGGCAAACAAGCCUGCACUGGUCGAGCGGAGGAAUGAG